GUCAAGAAUGAUCGAUUCGAUUAAACCACUUAACAAACAAUGAGCCCCUACCUCUCUCUCCGCCACCGCUCCCUCACGCACCUCACGCGCCACUACUCCACCACCACCACCAAGACCAAAAUCCCCGCUCUCUACUCCCCCACGGACUCCACACCCACCACCCCCCUCCAACUCCUCUCCUGGGGCCGCGGCGCCUCCGGCCAGCUCGGCGGCGGCAUCGAGGAAAUCCGCCUCUACCCAUCUCCGGUCGCCAACCUCGCCGUCCCAUCCUCCUCCUCCUUCACCCUCUCCCCAACUCCCGGCAGACUCCCAACGCCGCCCAAAGACGCCAAUGGCUGUUUGGAGGUCGGCAUUUCUUGUGGGCUGUUUCACUCUUCGCUCUUGGUCGACGGCAAGGUUUGGAUUUGGGGUAAAGGCGACGGCGGUCGCCUUGGUUUUGGGCAUGAGAACUCUGCUUUUUUGCCCACUUUGAAUCCCUGUUUGGAUUCAAUACGGUGCGUUUCGCUUGGUGGGUUGCACUCUGUUUCUCUCACAACGCUCGGCGAGGUGUAUACUUGGGGAUAUGGUGGUUUUGGUGCGCUCGGACAUUCUAUCUAUACCAGAGAAUUGUUUCCUAAAUUGGUUGAAGGUUCAUGGAGUGGGAGAAUACAGCAUGUUUCCACUAGUGGGACGCAUACGGCUGCCAUUACUGAAUCGGGAGAACUUUAUACUUGGGGUCGAGAUGAAGGGGAUGGUAGAUUGGGCCUUGGUCCUAAUCGAGGCCCAAAUGAGGGUGGCGGGCUGAGCAUUCCCUCCAAAGUGAAAGCAUUACCUAUGCCUGUGAUUGCUGUUUCUUGUGGAGGGUUUUUCACUAUGGUACUUACGGAAAAUGGGGAACUUUGGAAUUGGGGAGCCAACUCUAACUUUGAGCUUGGAAGGGGUGAUAGGGUUGGUGGCUGGCAACCAAAACCCGUACCUAGUCUUGUAGGGGUUCGUAUUAUUCAGGUAGCAAGUGGUGGAUACCAUUCCAUUGCAUUAACUGAGGAAGGUAAAGUAUAUUCUUGGGGCCAUGGUGGGCAUGGUCAGCUGGGGAACUCAUCUGUGCAAAAUCAAAAAACACCUACAAUUGUUAAGGCUCUUGCUGAUGAGCGUGUCAUCUAUAUAGCUUGUGGAGGAUCAUCUUCAGCGGCUAUAACAGAUACAGGGAAGUUGUAUAUGUGGGGAUACACCAAAGAUUCUCAGUUAGGAGUCCCUGGUCUGCCAGAGAUACAAUCAAGCCCUGUUGAAGUCAAAUUUCUUAUGGAGGAUGAUGGAUUAGGACCGCACAAUGUUCUUUCUAUUUCAGUCGGUGCAUCUCAUGCUAUGUGUUUGGUUUCAAGGGGUGAAUCAUCCGAGUGAGCUGCAAUGGAGGAGAAAUGAAUGUCUAUGAUUAAGAGGUUAAAUUGAUACAAGAUUAGAAUGAGAGAAAGAUGAGGAGUUGAGGUCUGCUGGUCAAUUAUACGGGAUAUAAAUUUUGAAUACUUGAGUGCAAGUAGCUUUCUCACUCUGGCACAGUUACUACGUUGAUAUUCCCUACUGAUCUUAUUCAAGACCAAACCCCUCCAAAUGCUAUGCUUCAGAGCCUGCUGCGAGAUCUGAUGACACUUGACAGAACACAAUUAUUGUAUCCAUGAGAGUUAUCCCUUUUUUUUUCUUUUUCUUUUUUCUGAAUUAUGGCAGAGGUGGUAAAUAGUCCUACCCUAUUGUGUAUUAUUCCUGUAACGCCCCUGUUCCCACUGUUGCCCUAGUUACUUGUACCAGUCUGAGAUUUUGCCCAGAUUUUACUACAAUCUUAGUUCAAAGUUUAUACUCAGGCUGUUCAGUUGCUAAAAGAGGAGAUAAAUUAUGAAUUCUCUGUACUUUCUGC